UACUGCAUCAACCCGCCUACUCAUUGUCAAAUUAUUAAUGAGGAUUACAAAGCGACGAAUCAACGAAACAACGCCACAAACCACAGAGUUAGCAAAUAGCUCCGUAACGUGUAAUGCCAAGAAACAAAAUAUCAAGAGCAAAAAUCAUAUCAACCAAAAAACAACCCUAAAAUUCAGGUCCAAGAGUAGUUAAUUGAUAAUCUGACUCCUGAGUUUCGACCAAUAGAACUUUUUUCUAUAGCUUUCAAGUUCUCAAAAUACAAAUUACAAAACAAACAAUAAAUUUAUUGAAAUUGGCUUUUAAAGUGAUAAAUUAUUACAAGAUUGAAAAUAUUUAAAGAGAGAAGUGCUAAAUGUAAACAAACAUAAAAUGUGGUUGUCUUAAAAAUCUCAAGUUUAAUUUUUCUAUAAUGUAUUGACAUUUAAGCAAAAAUGAAUCCAUAUAAAGAUGUAGAAGAAAGCUUCAAAGCAUCUCCGCGCUUGGCGUAUGAGGAUAUAGCUACAAAACUAUUAAAAGAUAACUUUUUUCUAACUGCCUUGGAGCUUCAUACAGAGCUUGUUGAAAAUGGCAAGGAGUUACCUCAACUGCGUGAAUUCUUCUCAAAUCCUGGAAAUUUUGAACAGCACGUUACACGAACCUCAGACUUCAAUUCUAUGCAUCGGACUCCAAGUCAAGCUACAUUAGACUCUCUUGACACAGCAAGAUAUUCUGAGGAUGGGGGUGGUGACAGGGCAGGCAGUGGUGGUGAUAUUGCUGUGCUUGAAUUUGAACUGCGGAAGGCUCGUGAAACUAUAAAUGCUUUACGGGCCAAUCUUACACAGUUUGCUGAUGGAGAUUCAGCUCUUGAUAAAAAUUCUAAAAGCAACUUUAAUCAAAGAUCACUGAAACCACAUGAGAAGAGAGCUCUUAACUUUUUAAUAAAUGAAUAUCUUCUCCUUCAAAAUUAUAAAUUGACCAGUAUCACAUUCUCUGAUGAAAAUCCAGACCAGGAAUUUGAAGAUUGGGAUGAUGUUGGUCUGAAUAUGCCCCGACCAGACAAUCUUAUAUCACUGUUUUGGGGAAGCACAACUAAUUUGAAUGUAUCAAAAGUUGAUGCAAGCACUGGGAUGGAAAUGCAUACAGCAAAUAUGAAGUGCCAGACUGACAUUGAUGAUAACAAUGUGUGUGUGAGUUGUCCGAUAUCAUUACACCAUGACACUGAAUGGAACCAUGAGCUUUUAAUUCAAGCCGAAGAGAUAGAAUUACUAAAACAGAAAAUAAUAGCAUUGGAGACGGAGAAAUUGAAUUUUCAAAAAUUGUAUGACGCAGCACUAGUUAGCCUAAACUCUUUGACAAGCCCUACGUCUGAAAGCAAAGGUCUCGAAUUACAAAUAUCAAGUGAAAAGAUCCUCAGUACACAGUCAAGAUUGGAGCAAGCAAAUGAAAUCAAACCUUUGACGUGUACAGCGUCGGAAAAUCAUUAUGGAAGCGGUAACUCAACUCAUAGUGCAACACCGGAGCAAUUCGAAAUGAUAUAUAGCGAUAAGACCAGUAGUGGGAUGGUCAAGAAGGAAGGAUCAAACACCAGUUCGUUCGAGCCCGGGUUGAUCACAGAUAGUGUACGCGGCUCGCCUGUGAGGCGGAGCAGUGUUGCCACUCUCGACGAAACGCUCAGCAUAAAUGACGCGAGCGAAUGGACCCGCGUCCAUUACGAAUACAACACCAUCGAGAAUAGCAAAGAGAUGUGGAUUGACAGUUCCCUUCCAAACAAUUUGAAGGAAUCCAUAUUAGCCUGGUGCUGUGAGACCCUAGAUCUGAAUGGACCAUUGGUAAACGACCUGUUAUCUGAGUUAGUGAAUAGUGAGAAACCUAUCACAUUGCCCGGGCUGCUUCCACUUGUUGCUGACACUUUGCCAAGAGUUCUACCUCACACCCUAGUUGCUAGACGCAGUGAGGCGGCGGCCUUGUUAGCGGCAGCGGCCGCUUUGCUACCUCCAGGAGACACCCGGCGGCCGAGAUUAUUGCAUUCCUUACUCACGCUGUAUAAGAAACCGGAACCCCCUGACGCCAAAGCUAUUUGUGAAGCUACAUGCCUAGUUGUCAAAUGGGGUGGCAGCGGCGAAGUACUAUCAUCGAUCGCCGAACUAUUGGCAUCAAGAUCUUCCGAGCGACGUGUUUUGGCCAGCCAAGUGUGUCUUUCCAUCGCUCCAUAUGUGCCAAUUGAACUUUGCACAUCUUUAUUACUAAGUCUAGUAGUUUUGAUGUGCGAAUCCAGUGAACCGGAGAUAAGGAGCAUAGGUCUCAAGUCCGCCUGCCUGAUAUGCCCCGUCGCUGAACACAAAUAUGCACAGUUGGAAAACAUUAUGUUUAACUUCCUUAAGGACCCAGUUGAAAAGAAUGUGAAGGAUACUGUGUGCGUUUUUGUUCCCGUGUUGGCAAGGAGCGCCUUAAUAGCUGGAAAAUUUUCAUCGGAACUCCACAGCAAAAUUAUGAAAAACAUAAUAAAAGCGUGUGCUGAUGCCGAAUGGAAAACUGUAAUACUAUAUUUAGAAGUAAUGCGCGCGUUAGUUUUACCGGAGUUAGCUUACGUCAUAAAUGUACAAAUAGUUAAGGACGCAAACCUGGAUAACUGUGAUAUGGAAACGAUUAACCUGCAAGAAGUGCCGUUGAGUGAGAAAUUUAUUGAUUUACAAUGUUAUAUAACUGAUGAUUUGGACGCCAAAGUAUUGUUAGGAUCUAUGAAUAGUUUAUUAAAAGAGAAACAGCAAGUUAAAUGGACGGAAUUGGAUUGGUUUAUAAACAUAAUUAAGCAGAUUAUCGACAUUGGAAUCACGAGCAAAGCAUUAAAUCACCACGUAAUAUACGAAUCACUUAUAACGUUAUUUAAUAAUUACGUGGACAAUUUUGGAGUUGAAUUCACUUCGAUAAUACUUCGACCGAUCUUCAACGAUAUUAUUAUGGAAUUGGAGAAUAAAUUGGAGAAGUUGCAUGCGGUGAAUGUAGACAGCGUUGUGGUUGUUGGUAUUUAUUUAGUUUCGAUUUUAAUUGCGAUUGAGAAGAGUGCCCAGCGGGCAGAGUUUCUGCAAAAUACAAUUUGCAGAUGGGUUCUGUACAGUAGCAUAAGAGGUCUUCCUGUUAAAAUAUUUUCGAUUCCUUUCAAAUGGCUCGCGACACAUAAACCAGAUAUACUCUACUCAUUUCUGCAGCAUUUACGUGAAUUCGCAGCCAGUAGUUGUGACAGUGCAAGUGGCAGUACGAUUCGUAUAUACAUUGCUACUCUCCUCACCGAACUGAUAAACUUAACAGAUGUCGACGAGGACUGUAUCGAAAAACAGAUGCUACCAACUGUGGUCGCGCUACUCUAUGACAACGACUUAUCUGUCCGAGAAGUGGCCAUCACUGCAUGGGGAAGUAUAACCAGAACUUGCGUAGGCCGCAGCCUAGCAUGCGAGGAACAAUGCUGGGCGCCUUUCGAGAACAUUCUGAACGCUGGCACGGUAUCCGGUCGGGAGGGCGCGCGUUCUGCGGAAGCGUUGGCACUUCUAGUUCUGCCCACUGUGGACAGCCACGAAGUUUCGGAGAGAGCCGUAUCACUGCUGUGUGCUCUGUGCCACUUGAGCGUGGCUGGGGAGUGUGUGGGUGCGCUGGCGCCAGCGCUACAGCUGGCCGCGCAUCACUGUGCACAUCACCCGGCAUUGCUUCCUGCACUGAGAAAACUAGAGGAGGCAGUCCAAGCGCCGUCUCUAUGCCAAUACAAACCAGCCAUAGAAGCCCUAUUGCACGUCGCGGGCUCCUUCACAGAAGCACCCCGAGUCCCGUCUCCGCGACCGACAACGAACCUGCAAGCGGCACAAGAAGUCGGAAGGCGGGUAACACAAAUAUUUCAACAAUCCAAGAACAAUAUGAAUCUGCAAAGUAUUUUUAAAAAGAAACCUUAGCUGUUAUUUUAAUUUACAGCACAGAUCGUUUGGCGUUGAUUGAGAUGAAGGGUCCGAACAAACAUAAGUCGGGGCUUUUUUGAACCCAAACCAUAAAACCCAUAGACAUGCGAUCAUUUCAAUAUUCCAAUAUCAAGGAAAUCUGCAUAGAUUCUAAAGAAUUUCCAAUACACAUCCGUUUUACUCCUGAUGUAGAAAAGUGCGAAUGUGUUAUUUCUGUCGCUUUCUUUUUAUAAAUAAAUACUAAGAAUUCAAGCGGGCCGGGCACCACAUAUUUCAAGUGAUUACCGCUGCCUGUGUGCAUCUACAGCAUCAGUGAGAAUUCGCCAUUUUUGUUAAUUCAUCCCUUU